UCAUUAUCGCAAGAUCAUUAUUUAUUUUUGGAGAAAUAGUAUGUUCCCAUGCUGAAGGAUGGAGACAAACUUAACAGUCAGAGUGCUUCCUGGGGAAGGGCUUUCCAGCUCAGCUCCCUGAAACCCGCGGGGGGAAUAUUACUGGGGGAAGAGCGUCCUGGACAGCGUAAGGUGCAUGUGGUGACCCGAGUGCCUCAGAGGUGGUCCCGAGGGACCGGGGAUGUGUCUCCGGACAGCGUCGGGAGGGGCUGCGUGGGGCCUGAGAGGGGACCCCUGCGCCGGUGGGUGCGGAAGGAUGGGGAGAAGAGUCCUUUCUGCCUCCUCUGCCAGUUCAAGCAGAAAAACUCGCCGUGCCGCCCCCCCGCCGACGCGCAGUGCGACCUGGCCGAGUUCUGCAACGGGUCCUCCGCAUCCUGCCCCCCCGACCUGUACGUGCAGGACGGGCACGGCUGCGAGCACGGCACCGGCUACUGCUACAAGGGACGCUGCCAGUCUCCGGACCUGCAGUGCCGGCGGCUCUACGGGAGAGGUUCAAAAAAUGCUCCUGUGGCUUGUUACGAGGAGCUCAAUAGUCAGCGGGACAGAUUUGGACACUGUGGGUUCCAGCCCAGACAAGGCUAUAAGUCCUGUGCUUGGAGGAAUCUCAGAUGUGGAAAGUUAAUCUGCACGUACCCGUACAGCACUCCAUUUCCAUCAGAAGCUGCUGCUGUUCUUUACGUCCAAGUGCGCGAGCAUUUAUGUAUAUCUUUGGAUUAUUUGAAUGCACCAGCAAGGCUGGAUCCUCUUUUGGUUCCGCCAGGUACAAAGUGUGGUUCUGGAAAGGUGUGUAUAAACAACACUUGUCACCCACAUUCGGUCCUGGGAUAUGACUGUGACAGCAAAGUGAAGUGCCACGGCCACGGCGUGUGCAAUAAUAAGAGACAUUGCCACUGCCACCCUGGCUGGAAGCCCCCCGACUGCCUACGGAAGGGAUCCGGCCCGGGGGGAAGCGUCGACAGCGGCCUCCAGCUGACGGACGGCGGCCUCUCCCUGCAGCGGGCGCUGGAGGACGUGACGCUGGCCUGGCCGGUGCUGGGCUCCUGCCUCCUCCUGCUCCUCCUGACCGGGGCCGUCUGCCUCGUCCUCCGGCGGCAGGCGCAGCCCCCAAACACGGAGGGCCCCGCCGCCGAGGAGGGCAGCGACGGCCGGGACACGGACGUGGACACGGACACGGACACGGAGCCGGGGCCGGGGCCGGGUCGCGGGUGUUAAUAAAGGCGUUGGGCGGAGCCGCGUGUCCGCGCCCGUGUGCGGGGGGCGGCGAGGCCGUUACCGGCCGGCGGGAUGGGGCCGCGCCUGGCGCUGCUGGCCGCGCUGCUGCCUG